CGCCUCUCAGACGUUACACACGGAAAGAAGGGAUUACCGUCUUCAGUCGGCUGCUCAUCCUUCAGCUCCAUGUUCACCUGAGGCGAAAAGCAUCCCGACUCUUUUCUGGUCAUCUGCUGACCCCUCCCCCACCCCCGUGGAUGUGUCCCCCACUCCACCAGAUCCUCGGUGUGAAGGCUCCAGAAGUCCCGCGUUGACGAUGGCCGCUCAGUGAUUCCUCCGCCGCUCCGAUGGAGGCUCCGGUCACCGCCGCUUCCCCUCCUCCAAACUCCAACUUCUCCUCGUCGCCCCCAACGCCGCUGCGUCCGGCCGUGGCCCCGUCCGUCCAGCUGGGCUUCACCGCCCUGUACAUCGCCCUGUACGGGUCCCUGUUCCUGGUGGUGUACGUGCAGCUGUGGCUGCUGUUCGUCUAUAAGCACAAGCGCUGGAGCUACCAGAGCCUGUUCCUGUUCCUGUGCCUGCUCUGGGCCGGCCUGCGCACCACGCUCUUCUCCUUCUACUUCCACAACACGGCCCAGGCCAACCACCUGCCCACCGCCGCCUUCUGGCUGCUCUACUGCUCCCCUGUGUGUCUGCAGUUCUUCACCUUCAGCCUCAUCAACCUCUACUUCACCCAGGUUUUCCUGAAGAUCAGCGCAGCCUCAGACACGAAGCUAUGGGUGGCCCGGUGCGCCUACGCAGCCAUGAGUGUGAUCUUCCUUUGCAUCAACGUGACGUGCGCCGCUCUGGGGGAGCGAGGCAGCAGCGGAGAGAAAGGCAAGCGGACCUGGAAGCUGGUGUUGGUCAGAGUGAUCGUUAACGACCUGCUGUUCAUCAUGGAGGCCGUGCUGCUGGCCGCCACGCUGCUGCUGCUCACCAGGCAGCCGCGCUCCUUCAGCCCAUACCUCAUGAGCAAGGGAACCACGGUGUGCCGCACGGCAGCUCUGGGAGCCGUGGUCAUCUUCCUGUUCUUCAGCCGGGCCUGCUACAACCUGACCGUCCUCUUCCUCUCCCAGAACUACAAGGUGGAGUCCUUCGACUACGACUGGUACAAUGUCUCUGACCAGGCUGACCUGCAGAGUGAACUCGGCGACAGAGGCUACCUGGCGUUCGGUGCCAUCCUCUUCAUCUGGGAGCUGCUCCCUACCAGCCUCCUCAUCCUCUUCUUCAGAGUCCGCUGGCCCGCUCAGGAGACCAGCAGCUUGGACAUCAACAACAGGGUUCUGCCUCGUCCGUACUUCUUCGAUGACCCUGAAGGCAGCGAUGAUGAAAUACCGGCUCCGUGGGAUCGCAGCCCCACUCAGAACCAGAGCUGGUACGGAUCGGAGACUGCGCCACUCCUGUUUGCCAACAACCCUGCAGACCAUAGUCACCAGCACCACUCGUUCUACUCCACCCCUCAGAACUGAAGCCAAACCCUCAUUCGCUGUCGAAUUUUUACCUCACCUAGACAACGACCUCAGGGGGACGAGAACCGCCCAGCAGUACCGCCCACUCUGUGGUUGAAAUUGCACUGAAAAACCUCAGGAAAGCUACGAAGAUGCACCUUGUAUUAUUAUUAUUAUUAUUAUUUAGAUAUAUUGACUCUUUCUCAGCUUAAAGGGAACAUUUUUGGUGGAACCUCCUGGUAAACUCCAUGAGGGUCAAACUAAGCAUUGUUUAUUUAUUUGCUUACUCACUGUGAAUAUCGGAGCUAAACUGACACUUCAUAUUACAUUCCUGGAUGGACUCAAAUCAGCUUAGUUGGUAACUACUAAACAUGGAGAACUGCUUUGAAAAGUGGCAUUUAUUAAAUACAAUGUGAUGCAUCUGAAACUGAUUAAAAUACAAAGGAUAUUUA